AUGGAGGGACGGGCUUACAUUUGUCAUCCUUUUUUCGUAAAUCCUCACAGCCUUCUGAUCGAUCAAGUAGAGGAGAUGCAUUUCUGGAAAAUACGUUUCGUCGAGGACGACAGGUAUGCGAAGGUGGCGUGGAAAGACGUGAAGGUCGGCGACCUUGUUCACCUCUCGAAUAACGAACUGGUGCCGGCCGAUGUUCUCCUCCUACGAAGCAGCGAUCCUCACGGCGUUGCGUACCUCGACACGUGUAAUCUCGACGGCGAAACGAAUCUGAAGGAACGGCAGGUUGUUCGAGGUUUCGUGGACCUCCAAGAUACCUUUCAGCCAGCGAAAUUUCGAUCGGUGAUCGAGGUCGAUCAACCGAGCACGAGGAUAUAUCGGUUUCACGGGGCCGUGGUUCACCCGAACGGUGGCAGAGUACCUGUUUCUACGGAAAAUCUUUUACUCAGGCAGUGUUUGUUGAAGAAUACCGACUUCGUCGAGGGCGUAGUGAUAUACGCCGGUCACGAGACUAAAGCGAUGCUCAACAACGGCGGACCUAGAUACAAGCGUUCACGAUUGGAGAAGCAAAUGAACAGCGACGUGAUAUGGUGCGUGGUGAUUUUGGUGGUGUUGUGCGCGACGGGCGCGAUCAGUUGUCGACUUUGGAUCUCCCAGUUUUCCGACCAGACGUUCGUCCCGUUCAUCCCGAUCCUUCAGGAUCCGAACUACGAGAGCAUGCUAACGUUCUGGACGUUCGUGAUCAUCCUCCAAGUGAUGAUACCGUUGAGCCUUUACGUCACCAUCGAAAUGGCGAAAGUGGGCCAGGUUUAUCACAUCGGGCACGAUAUCGCCCUUUAUGACGCGGAGACGGGACGCUCGGCUGAAUGCCGCGCACUCAAUAUCACGGAGGAAUUGGGUCAGGUGCAGUAUAUAUUCUCUGAUAAAACCGGCACGCUGACGGAAAAUAAAAUGCUAUUCAGACGGUGCGCCGUGGGGGGGCAGGAUUAUUCGCAUGGCGGGGACGGUGAAAAUUUGAUACCGUCGUCACGACUGAAAGAAGACCUUCUUAUAGGCACGUUUAGGCAUCAUCUGCAAGAAUUUUUAAUCGUAUUAGCGAUAUGUAACACCGUCGUGGUCAACUCGCAACCUCAUCAUGACACCAUGAACUCCAGCGGAGUGAUUGAAAAGCCUCAGAGGAACGGCGAAGAACCUGGAAGAUACACGAGAAUGAUAGAUUCUAGAAGCUUAACUCCUUCGCCAAUCAUUCCUCUAUCUGCGCUGUCUCACCCGACCAAUAGUCUCGAUGAAAACGUGUCAUCGAUUUCUUCGAUGGUUGAAAUAGAAUCUGUGCUCCAUAAUUCCACUAACAAUAAGCUGUCGAAUAAAUUACCGAGGCCGAAAUUUUUAAAUGUGACGUCAAUACCAAGUUUAGGAAUGGGAUUGUUAGGAAGGAAACUGUCCCCGAACGGAGAGCACAAGAGACGCAGCCCGCUAAGUCCCGUUACUGACGAGAGCGGCAAGAGCAGAGACGAAUUGUUACCUACGGCUGCGAUUUACGAAGCGGAAAGUCCGGACGAGCUUGCUUUAGUGAACGCUGCACGCGCUUAUAACGUGAAACUCGUUAAACGAACGGCGCGUAGUGCGAUCGUUUCCUUGCCGGACAAAUCUGUUCUUACUUUUGAAAUUCUUCACGUCUUACCGUUUGACUCCAACAGAAAAUGCAUGUCUAUUUUGGUUCGGCAUCCCAUCACUAACGAGCUAGUGUUGUACAGCAAGGGCGCCGAUACAACGAUCCUAUCGUCUCUAACCUCUCAGGAUGAAAAUUCUGUAAUGACGAUCAAAGUUCGACAGUAUCUUCAGUCGUACGCGCGUCAAGGUCUUCGAACUUUGGUGAUGGCUAAAAAAUCUCUGACAACGCAGGAAUACGAGAACUGGCGGCAAAUGCAUUCCGAGGCCGAGCUCGCAAUGGAAAAUCGCGAAGUCCGGAUUAAAGAUUCAUAUGCGAAUCUCGAAUGCCAUUUAACUUUAUUGGGAGUCACUGGAAUUGAGGAUAAACUUCAAGCUGGAGUACCCGAGACUAUGGAUGCUCUAAUGACAGCAGGGAUCGUAGUGUGGGUCUUAACAGGAGACAAGCCAGAAACGGCAGUUAAUAUUGCAUACUCGGCGCGUCUUUUUUCGCCUGCGAUGCAAUUAUUGUGGUUGCAAGCGAGAUCAAAGUCUGUUGCUGAAACUUUAAUUCAUGGAUACUUAGAGUCUGUACGUAAAGAUAGUACAGCUUUGGGAAUGGAUAACGUUAGAGAAAUUGCAAUGUUUAAUCGCGACGUGGCAGAGAAUGAUGCGCAUAGGGUAGAUAGCCCAUGGCCGAGACAACGUGCACUUGUUGUCGAUGGCAAAACCUUGACUGUUAUCCUUGACCCACGGUCGGGAUUAACUCGACUGUUCCUUGAAUUAACGAAAACGUGUUCUAGCGUAUUGGCUUGUAGAGCCACACCUCUUCAGAAGGCAUAUAUUGUACGUAUAGUGAAGGAGCAAUUGGGAAUGAGAACUUUAGCAAUUGGUGAUGGUGCUAAUGACGUUAGUAUGAUUCAAACGGCAGAUGUAGGAGUUGGUAUCUCCGGGCAAGAAGGUACACAAGCUGUCAUGGCCGCAGACUUUGCCAUUUCAAGAUUCUCAAUGCUUAGCAGACUUCUUUUGUUGCAUGGUCAUUGGUGUUACGAUCGCUUGUCUAGAAUGAUUUUGUAUUUCUUUUACGAGAACGCUACCUUGGUUUUCGUUCUGUUUUGGUAUCAGUUGUACUGCGGAUUUACUGGAACCGUUAUGAUGGACCAAAUUUAUUUAAUGCUUUAUAAUUUAAUGUUUACGUCCAUGCCACCACUUGUGUUGGGCAUAUAUGAUCGAGUAGCUUCAUCUGGCGUUUUAUUAACUAUGCCUAAUCUGUAUAAAAGAGGACGCCUCGGGCUUGUAUAUCAAUCGUAUACAUUUUGGAUAACCAUUGCUGAUGCUUUGUAUCAAAGUAUCGUUAUUUUCUUUGUAAAUGAGGGUGUGUACUAUGAUUCAACUAUUGACAUUUGGGAGUUUGGAACUACUGUAAUGACCUGUUCCGUUGUUAUCAUGUUGACCAAUAUUGCCAUAGAAAUUAGAUCUUGGACGGUAAUUCAUCUUUUUGCCGUAUUGGGAUCAUUGGGAGUAUUUUUCGGUUUUUGUUUAAUUUAUAACAUAGUUUGCGUUAAUUGUAUGGGUCUCCUAUGUUCGUAUUGGGUAAUGGAAAUGGCUGUCAUGAGAUACACUUACUGGCUUACAAUAUUACUUACCUGUGUUCUAGCAUUGAUGCCUAAAUUAUUCUAUAAAACCGUAAAAUCGACAAUAACUCCAGAUCUCAUACAAAGUGCCACGUUUACCGCACCAUCAAAAAGUGGUAGCCAUAGACAACGAAUCGCUGAGAGAAGUGAAAAUAGUUUUAUUGCUGGUUGGUCACGUUCAACGCAGCAUGCCACUAUAAGGUAUGCAUGUAUUUUGUCUUCUUACAGAAUACGGAUUUUAGAUUAUUAAAUGUUAUAUUUUUCUAAUUUUUUCUUCUUUAUAUUUCAGAACUGAGACUAAACACGAUACGUUGACAACUAUCGUUGCAUGA